AUGACAAGCGGCACCAUGUUUUCCCUACACUCACUACUCAUUCUACUUUCGUUUUCCGCAACGAAAGUACUGUCAUGCUCUCGUGUGACUUAUCAUGCGGGAGUCGACGAUCGGAUCACCGCCGGCAGGUCUAUGGACUUCGUGGCAUCGACAAAUUCUAGCAUGUACAUCUUUCCGGCUGGCUUACAACGCAACGGGUCCAUUGGGGAGAACUCUAAGUCGUGGACUUCUAAAUAUGGUUCCAUGGUGACGACCAUGUACGACAUGGUCAGCAUUGACGGGAUGAACUCGGAAGGUUUGACUGGGAGUCUUCUGUACCUGGGCAAUAGCGACUAUGGCGCUCGCAACACUUCACGACCCGGACUCCCCAUCGGAUUUUGGCUGCAAUACUUCCUGGAUUUAUAUCCCAAUGUGGCAGCAGCUGCGGAAGCCUUACAAAAAGAAAACCUACAAGUCGUUACCAAGGCUCUAGUCCCUGGGGUUUCAUCAACAGCUCACCUCGCGCUUUCAGACAAGUCCGGUGAUAACAUGAUAGUCGAAUACCUUGAUGGAAAGAUGGUCAUUCACCACGGACAACAGUACCCAGUCAUGACUAAUGAUCCGUCAUUUGAUGAUCAAUUGACGUUGAAUACGUACUGGGGCCCUAUAUCGAACGUAUCUCUACCAGGAACGGGUUCCCCUGCCGGUGAGUUUUGGCUAGCUUACGCUCAGAAAUCACCCGAAAUAGUCGAAAGACAUGCUAAUGACUAUCUGAUCAUAGAUCGUUUCGUUCGACUAUCAUACUAUAACUCCUUGGCGCCCGAGUCAAAGGAUCUCAUGACUUCAGUUGCAACCACUGCGGCUAUGAUACGGGCCGUCAGUGUUCCGUUUGUCCCUGAAAGCCAAAUCAACACGGGACUCGACAUCUGGCCAACAUUGUGGAGAGUCUACCAGGAUUCCAAAGACAUGGUUUACUUCUAUGAGAGUUCCAUGGUACCAAUUUCCAUUUACAUGAAAUUUUCGGACUAUGACCUCUCGUCCAGUGGCAAGAUCAUGCGAUUGGGAUUGGCAGAGGAGUCGUGGGAAGAUCUGUAUGGUGACAUGAACGGAAAAUUCACAAAUGCCACUGCAUUCAUUCCUUUAGGAGCAGGGGGCUGA